AUGCUGGGAGUGAUUGUGGCGGCCUGCUGGCUCUCCCCAUGCCGUUUCAUAUAUACGUGUGGUGGGACAUUAAAAGGGKGGAAUGGCACCAUUGAAAGUCCAGGUUUUCCAUAUGGAUACCCCAAUGGGGCAAACUGUACAUGGGUUAUUGUAGCAGAGGAGGGAAACCGAAUUCAAAUUGUCUUUCAGUCCUUCGCUGUGGAGGAAGAGUAUGACUUUAUAUCGCUUUAUGAUGGACAUCCUCAUCCGGCCAACUUCAGGACGAGGUUAACAGGAUUCUCAAUGCCACCACCAGUCACGAGCACGGGGUCCGUCUUCUCCCUGCGUCUUACCAGUGACUUCGCUGUGAGCGCUCACGGCUUUAAAUUAUAUUAUGAAGAACUGCAGAUCAGUGCCUGUGGAAACCCCGGGGUACCUCCCAAAGGCAUCCUGGUCGGGACACGCUUUAACGUGGGGGACAAGAUCCACUACAGCUGUGUAACUGGGUACGUCCUGGAUGGGCACCCCCAGCUCACCUGUGUCACCAAUGCGGAGAAGGGUGCCGUGUGGGACUUCCCUGUGCCCAUCUGCAGAGCUGAGGACACAUGUGGUGAUACUCUGAGGGGUUCAAGUGGCAUCAUUUCAAGUCCCAAUUUCCCGAGUGAAUAUUACAAUAGUGCGGACUGUACGUGGACCAUACUUGCUGAUCCUGGAGACACCAUCUCCAUCAUUUUUACAGACUUCCAGACGGAGGAAAAAUAUGACUACUUGGAAGUGGAAGGGUCUGAGCCUCCUACAAUAUGGUGA